AUGGACGGGAGACAGACAGUGACCAUAACAGAUCCAAACUCUGGCAGAAGGGCAAUGUUACCCACCUUUGACAGAGGAAAACCACCAGUAAUGAUGAAAAUGCACACUGAAGAGGAUCUUCAACUGAAAACAGAGAAAGUUUUUCAACCCUUGAUGAUUUGA